UUUUAGUUGAUGCCCACUUUUUCCUUUCGUCAAUAAACCUUUGUACUCCGUAUACUAUACCAGGCAGCUACACGCGUUUAUACGAUAUUUUAUCCCCCCCUCUCUCUCUCUCCUUCGCUUUCUCCUUCUGUCAGAGUCAACAGCACCCAUUUCUGAAUAAUUGAGUUCGUAAUUCAUAAUCACCACUUCUUCCUGCCUUCAAUUCAAACUACAAUUCAAUAAUCCGUUGCGUCUUUUUGUUAGCUUCCUAUUGAUGCUGUUAAUGAAGAGCCUGUGAUCUCCGCUCUCGUUUUGAUAAUCUUCUGGGCGGUAAGAAUCCGCCCUCUUUCUCUUUCUGUUUUGAGCUUUUCAUCGCUGGUUCGGAUUUACACCAUUUGGAAUUUGUUCCGCUUUAAGAAAUAUUAGGGUUCCGAGAUGAGGAAAUGGAAUUAGUACAUUGGGGUUUGAAUCUUUUCAUCUUUCCCUUCAAAAGAUCUUACCAUGUUGUAAAAAUUUGUUGUUUGAGUUUGCUUGUUGGCCUGGGCAGGAGUGUGAAUUCUUAAUAUCAGUUCGGGUAGCCUAUUGUACAAAAAAAUGGCAAUGUUUUUGUGAAUAUUUUAGGGUUUUAGUUGUGCAGUUCUUAGUUUUUAGCUUGAUCUAUUCUGUAUUCAUUCUCUUGUUCAAUACCCAUAGUGAAAAUGUCUUCAGCCGGUGUCAGUACUCUUAGCGUGGUUCCCCCUGAGCCAUUGUUGUCACCAAAGGCGUUCCCUUUCCCAUCACACUUGUCUUUGGAAGAUAAAUCCAUUUUCAUAUAUCUCUCCUUUUCGGGUUCGUUGACUCCAAUCCGUGUUAUGGAGUGGGAUACCAUUAGGUCUGUGAAAUUCAAAAUCCAAAGGUGUGAAAGCCUUCCGUUUUUAACAAACAAGCAGAAGUUGGUUUAUGCUGGCCGAGAACUCGCGCGGAGUGAUUCUCUGCUCAAGGACUAUGGAGUGACUGAUGGAAAUGUCUUGCAUUUGAUAAUCAAACUGUCAGAUCUUCAGGUCAUCAAUGUGAAAACGUCGUCAGGGAAGGAGUUCUCGUUUCAGGUUGAAAGAGGUCGAGAUGUUAAAUUCAUAAAGCGGCGAAUUGCCAAAAGAGAGAAACAGUUUGAUGAUCCUGAGGAACAGGAGCUUGUGUGCAAUGGGGAAAGGCUUGAUGACCAGAGGCUUAUUGAUGAUAUCUGCUGCAAGCAUAAUGAUGCUGUGCUACAUCUGUUCGUGAGAAAAAAGAAUGUUAAAAUUCAGAGGAGACCCCUUGAGUUGUCCAUCUUAGCAACAGAUUUGACUGAUGAGAAAAAGAACGAUGUCAAUGGAAAAACAUGCAGGAGGAAUUAUGAUGUUGGUAAAGAAGAUACUAGUAGAAAGUCUGAUGCCAUUCAAAGAACUGUGCCGAGAAAGCCUCCCGACAGAGAUAUUUUUUUGGAGCCAGUUAUUAUUAACCCUAAAAUUGAAUUAGCUUCAUCUAUUAGGAAUAUGGUGAAUUCUACAUAUGAUGGACUUGACAGUGGAAAAUAUCCAAUCAGAUCUGCAGAGGGUACAGGAGGAGCUUACUUUAUGCUUGAUUCUGUGGGGCAAAGGUAUGUGUCUGUUUUUAAGCCUAUUGACGAAGAACCAAUGGCCGUGAAUAACCCUCGAGGUCUUCCAUUGUCAUUAGAUGGUGAAGGCUUAAAAAAGGGUACAAGGGUUGGUCAAGGUGCAUUCAGGGAAGUUGCAGCCUAUGUUCUAGAUCAUCCAUUGAGUGGGCGCCGCAAAUUAUUUGGUGAUGAGACGGGCUUUGCAGGUGUCCCUCCAACAUUGAUGAUCAAGUGCUUGCAUAAAGCAUUUAACUAUCCUAGAGAAUUGACUCCUAAGAUAGGUUCCUUGCAAAUGUUCACAGAAAAUAGUGGAAGUUGUGAAGAUAUGGGCCCUGGGGCUUUCCCAGUAAAGGAAGUACAUAAAAUUUCUGUUCUGGACAUAAGACUGGCAAAUGCAGAUCGGCAUGCUGGGAAUAUUUUGAUCAGCAAAGAGAAAAGCAAUAACCAGUCUGUUCUGAUUCCAAUUGAUCAUGGAUAUUGCUUGCCUACAAGUUUUGAAGAUUGUACCUUUGAGUGGCUUUACUGGCCCCAAGCUAGCCAGCCAUACUCCCCAGAAACUAUUGACUACAUAAAGUCACUGGAUGCUGAAGAAGAUAUUGCCCUUUUAAAAUUUCACGGAUGGGAUCUGCCGGUUGAAUGUGCUCGCACUCUUAGGAUCUCAACCAUGCUUUUGAAGAAAGGGGUACAAAGAGGGUUGACCCCCUUUACCAUUGGAAGCAUGAUGUGCAGGGAAUCCUUGAACAAGGAAUCUGUGAUUGAAGAAAUAGUUCAAGAAGCACUGGAUUCUGUUCUUCCUGGCACAAGUGAAGCUACAUUGCUGGAUGCUGUUUCCCAAAUCAUGGAUCUGCGCCUGGAUGAGAUUGUCAGAUCUCGUUUAUAAUAGCAUGCAUUUCUGCAAUAGUAGCAGGGGGUACAUACUGUGUGCAUAUGUUCACGUACAUAUGUAAAGCUCAAAUAGUUGGUUUUUUAGUUCUUGACAAAGGAAGUCUAUUUUCUUUGGUUCGAAUGUAAAACCGUUCUUAGCUUAACUUCUUAGGUUUUAUUGUUUGGUAGUUUCCUGCCGUUAACAAAUUCUUUCAAGUUUCUUGUUGAUUCCUUUAUUAAAUUUGAAUUCUAAGGAUAGCAGACAACCCGUCUUCAUUUGAA